UAUGUGUAUCGGAAAAGUGACUUCAAGUUGGCGAUCGGCUGCUUCCAUAAUUUUAGCAUGCAAAACCACUCGCCGUGUACUCAUGCUGAAACGUGGCACCACUGCCAAAUUCAUGCCAAAUACGAUGGUUUUUCCCGGUGGAGUCGUCGACAAAACUGAUGCAAAACUCGGCGAUGAAUUCAGAAUUGCUGCUGUUCGAGAGCUUUUCGAAGAAUCUGGAGUGCUUUCGACAAAGAAUGGAUGGCAAACGUCGGCGAAUAAUCCAGAUAUGACGAGUCUGAAAGCGGAUAUUGUAAAUGAUACAUCGAAAUUCGAGCAGCUAUCCGGAACUAUUUGUGCAGAUAAUCUUAUCGAAUGGGAUACAUUUAUCACUCCAGCAAACUAUCCACGACGAUUUCUAACAAAGUUUUAUCUUAUGCUCGUGGAUGACGAACCAGCAAUCGAUCUAUGUACAUCGGAAAUGUCGGAAUAUAAUUGGAUUGAACCGAAAGAGUGUGUCGAUGAAGCUUAUGCCGGAAAAUAUGCGUUGCCUCCACCACAAGUCUAUGAACUUACCCGCCUUUCACAGGUGAAAGAUUGGGAUCUUUGUGAGAAAUAUGGAAAUGUGAAAAAGCCAAUUUGUCCGCAGCCAAUCAAGACAAUAGGAGAGAACUUGAUCACAAAUUGCUUUCCAGGAGAUUAUAUGUAUAUUGAUGAAAACAGCUUGCAACAACCGCUCCGUCAAAUGUCUGCUGAUCGUGUUACCGUUGAUCCAACUCAACCAACUCAUCGCGCCACCUACUAUUCGGAGCCAAUGUAUGGAAAAGUUCGGUUGUACCAGCACCUACUGAAACCAGCGGAUAUUGCAGCCUUCCAUCAGUUUGACACACAUUCGAAGGAUUUAUUGUGAUUAAUUGAAUUAUUUUAUUACUAGUUCGGGUGUAUAUUUCUAGGUUAAUAGUUGAUGUUCUAAAAAUAAAGCUGAUUAAAA